AUGGCUAACACUUCUUUCCAAUUCAACCUCACUCUGGACCGCUUCGUCAUCCCAACCGGUGGCAAAUACCCCAUCUUCUUAUUCGGCAUCGCUAUCUACCUCUUUAGCGUCUCUUGCAAUGUGACUUUGUUGCUUCUGAUCAUUCUGAAACGCAACCUGCACAAGCCAAUGUAUAUUAUUUUGUUCAGCCUUCCUCUCAAUGACCUGAUUGGUAUCAACACCAUGUUACCCAAAGUCCUUUCAGAUAUCAUGAGUGAGAGCCAUUGCGUCAGCUACCCUCUCUGCGUACUCCAAGCCUUCCUGUUGCACAUGUACGGAGGCGGGAUUCUGUUCAUUUUGGCUGCUAUGUCUUUCGAUCGUUACAUUGCUAUAUGCAUGCCUUUGCGUUACAGCACUGUGAUGACUCCUAAGCUCAUUUUUUGUAUUAUUUCUUUAGUUUGGGGCUUGGAUUUCAUCUUGAACUGCAUUCUUUUUUCACUACAAUCCCACCUACCCAAGUGCAGAUCUGUCAUUUUCAAUGUGUUCUGUGAUAACCCAUCUCUCUUGAAGCUAACAUGUGGAAACACCACACUGAAUAAUAUCAUUGGUUUGUUCAAUACAGCCUUUAUGCAGGCUAUAAGUGUCUCAGUGCAGGGGUUUUCCUAUGUCAAAAUACUCAUUACGUGCAUGGUUUCGGGGAGGUUAGAAACAAAAACCAAAGCAGUCAACACAUGCGUGGCUCAAUUGGUGAUCUUUGUCAUGUUUGAAAUCGUAGCGACGUUCACCAUACUUUCUCACAGGUUUCAAAAUGUGUCAGACGAUUUGCAGAAGAUAAUGGGGAUGUUGAUUUUCCUUGUCCCACCGCUGUUAAAUCCAAUCGUAUAUGGACUUUACACAAAUGAAAUCCGCAGUACUCUCUUGAAAGUUUGGAAAAUUCGAGUGGACAUGAAUAUAUGA